AUGGCCAAUGAAAAUCCAGCACUCACUGUACGCUGCCUCGUCGUGCAGUUGUGCCAUACGCUGACUUCGAUGGGUAGGGUAUUCAUUGAGCACCUUGGGGGACAGAAAGUAAUCCAUUGUCAAUAUUGUGAAACGCCGUUAUCGAACCGAAGUGAGAUAUUAAGCACCCGAUUCACUGGUGCUACCGGUAGGGCCUUUCUCUUCAACCGUGUGGUGAAUAUCGUAUAUAGCGAAAUACAGGAUCGGGUGAUGUUGACCGGUCGGCAUUUCGUUCGUGACGUCGUUUGCAUCAAAUGCAAUACAAAACUUGGUUGGAUGUAUGAACACGCACUUGAAGAAAGCCAAAGGUACAAGGAAGGUAAAGUGAUCCUGGAGCGGGCGCUUAUAAUGGAAACCGAAGGAAUAGCCGAUCCGUUGGGUGAGAAUUCUUAG